GCAUCUGUGCGAAUGGGAUCUAUAAGCGUGUUUACUGGAAUACAAAGCGACGCGUCCAAAUGCCAGGGUGGGAUGAAUGUUCUCAGUAGAUCAGAGGAUGGAGUGUUGUGACUCUGUCUCCAAUGAUGGAGCCUCUGGCCCCCACACACAACAGCCUCCUGGGCAGUGCAGACCACUGGCCCCCAGUCCACUCCUACUGGCCAAAGAUCAAGCCAUUUAUCGGAGCACAGUAACUCUGUCCAAACAGGGUGGACUAGUGGGGCGAACUGAGGAGGAGGGACUAGAAGAGAGGUGUGAAGACAGAAAUAGGGAAAAACAGGUCAAUGAAUGUUCUACCAGAGAGAUGUUCAAAGAUGAAGAUGAGAGAAAGGCGAAAGAGGAUGAAGGUGAGGAGCAGCCUAUUGGAGAGAUCUUGUACCUGCAUGAUGGCUCUGCCUACAUUACGGAGAGAGAGAGUCAGCUUACGCAAAGUGUUCCCUCCUCUUCGUUAGGUGCCCCAUCUUCUGUCAUAAGCACCUGUUACAUUUCCUCUUCUCGAAGCCCUGCACCACAGGUUUUUCGUGUCUUCCACUUGCAUCCUUUUGACAACAGCGAUACUCUAGCUCUGGUGACCCACCAAUCCAAAGAUAGUGCUCCUGAUGUGGCAGGUUUGUCAGAGACAGGGGUGACAUGGUCCGGUCUAACCAAACCCAUCCUGAUGUGCUUUCUGUGUCGGCUGUUGUUCGGCCGUUCACACAUGUUUAGGGCUCAUGCUUCACAGAAACACAACAUCAAUUUCAGCGAUGAAGAACAGCAUCUGCUCUCGUUUGAACACACCUCUGCCAUACUGCAGCCUGCCAGCCCAGGAGGCCUCCCGGUCCUCUGUUUCCUAGAACCAAAAAGGAAUUGUGAGUCUGUGGUACCUCUUCACCUGGCACCACCAACCUCUGGGAACAGCACAGAGGACACCGCAAGACAGAAAGAGAACGAAGAGGCUCAGACCUCUAAGCCAGUACUCCCUCUCCUGCCCUCUCCAUCCAGAACUUCCCCUGCUACCUCAGUACCAAGCCCUGCCAAAGACCCCUCAACCUUGGGCAGAGAGGGAACACAGAGAGGCAAGGAGGACGAGAGAUGGAAAGAUGGAGAGAGGAGAAUGUGUUCAGAGGAAGGUAGCACUGCGGACAACAGUGCACAUACUAUUAGCAGCAGUAGCAGACAGGAGCACAGUACUGAAGCUGCUCUGUCAAACCAAAGCAUUUCCAAACCUCCAAACUCUGCAACAAUAGCAACCAGCUUUAUGAACAACACCAAAACCCUUACAGACUCUGAGUCAGAGUGUGGAACAAGCUUUAACUGCCACAAUGAGCCUGCACCUGCUUCCCUUGUUGUGGUAAACCCACCCACUGUCACUUCUACAGAACAACUUGCCAAACAAGAGAGUGCCACAGCAGCAGAACCAAAUGUCCAGUUAGAGAAUGGUAGCACCAUAGCAAUGGAACCAACUUGCAGGUUGUCUGAUGAUGACAGGCCUGCUUUCACUCAUUCCGACCUGCCCAAUAAUAAUAGUGAUUCCACAUCCCAUAGACUCAGUCCCACCCAUGCCCAGACCAGUCAGUCUCUUCUCGAAGAAGGACAUUCGGACACGGCCUCUAGAGGAAGGUUGGUAGUGGCCGGUGAUGGAGGUUUUGUUGCUGUUGGAGAUGAUGUCCAAGGAUCAUCUUAUACCUAUGGCAUUCAGGCCUCUAUGGCACACACUAGAAACUCCUGCAAGACGUUAAAGUGUCCAAAAUGCAACUGGCACUACAAGUACCAGCAAACUCUGGAGGCCCAUAUGAAGGAAAAGCACCCAGAGUCAGAGUCAGAACAGUGCCCAUACUGUAGCAGCGGGCAGAGUCACCCACGCCUAGCAAGAGGCGAGACUUACUCCUGUGGAUACAAGCCUUUCCGCUGCCAGGUGUGCCAGUAUUCCACCACCACCAAGGGCAAUCUGAGCAUCCACAUGCAGUCAGACAAGCACCUCAACAACAUACAGAGCCUGCAGACGCAGUCACAUUCUCACACCCCAGCAGCCCAGCCCAGUCCUUUAUCUCAUUCACAUCCCACCAUCACACACCCCACCCAGGCCAACUCCCCGUCUCCAUCCAAGCUCCGGGGACGUGCGUCAUGGCGGUGCGAAGUCUGCGACUACGAAACCAAUGUGGCACGGAACCUACGCAUUCACAUGACCAGUGAGAAGCACACGCACAAUGUGCUUCUGUUGCAGCAGAACCUGGCCCACAUGCAACGGCAGCGCAAGCGCAACGCUACAGAGAUUUACCGCCACUGCCAACCCCAGACCAACCUGUCUGACUCCAAUGCUCUUUUUCCAAGCAGUGAGAUCCUGCACGAGUCUUUGCAGAAACUGUUUGAAUGCACUCUGUGUAGUCGCUUUUCCUGUGACACUCUAGAGGAGCUCAGUCAGCACCUGACCAUGCAGCGCUCAUUGCCCAAUGCCUAUUGGAGGAGCACUACUGGUGACACCCAUCAUUGUAGGCUUUGUCAUUACGCCACGCCUCUGCGAGCCAACUUCCAGCUACACUGCCAGACAGACAAACAUGUACAGCGCUACCAGAUAGCCGCACACCUUCGAGAAGCCAGUAGUCGCCAUGGAAAUAUCGAGGAGGAGGAAGAAGAGUGGCGUCUCAGGUGUGUUGCUGCAGGAAACCAGGUGCAGCUCAGGUGUAAUGCAUGUGACUAUGAGGCGACCAGCAUGGAGAAACUGAAACUACACACCAUGAACUCCAGACACGAGACCAGUCUUAGACUAUACAAGUAUUUGCAGCAGCUGGAUGGAGUGGAGUCUGAAGGUGUGUGGCUGCACUGCGUGCUGUGUGAUUUCUCCACUCAGAACAGCCUUUCUUUAGUGCAGCACUCUCAUUCAUUAAGCCACCAGAGAGGGGAGGGGCUGCUCAGAAUUCAGCGAAUCCAGAAGGGUCUGCAGGACGAGGAGGAGCUCGGUGCCAUCUUUACAAUCCGAAAAAACCCUGCACAAGAAAAUGAAGAUCAUAAUGGUAUGGAGUCAUCCACGGAGAUUACGGCUAACCUGGAAGACAGAAAUAAACACGAAGAUAGAACGGAGAAUAAAACAGAAGCAUUCAUUCAGAUGGAGGUGGAGCAAAACGAGUCUUCCUCCAGUCCCAAGCAUCCCUCGUCUGGAUAUAGCGAGCCAGAUGAGCCGUCUCCCUGCAAACGGACUCGAGUACAGGAUGAGAUGCGGCAGUGUCCAUUCUGUCGGUUCCGUCAUUCUGAUAUUGAGCGUUUAAGGAAUCACGUGAUGAAUCAGCAUGCAGUUCAGCCUGCUCUCCGCUGCCCACUGUGCCAGGACACAUUACACAGUGUUGCCCUCUUGCGUACCCACCUCACAAAUCUGCACAGUGUAACUGCAGACUGCACUCAGAAACUCAUCAACACGGUGAUUGCUUCUGACGUGCUGCCAGAGAAGAUGUUUUUACCAGUGCAAAACUCAGAUACCCAGCAGACAAUGACUGGUCAAAACGGCAAUGAAAAAAAGAGACUAGACGAAAUGUCAAUAGAUGCUGAACCUGAGAGAGGUUCUACACCUCAGGAAACUGCAAAAAUCCAUAAGCAGCCCUCAGAAGAUGUAGAAUCGACCAAGGAGAACAUUGUUGCUUUUCCUUGCUGGCAGAAAGGCUGUAAUAAAGUCUUUACAUCUUCAAGUGCACUCCAGGCACACUUCAACCAGUUCCAUAGCCAAAAAUCUCAAACACCAAUAUCUGACCGACACAUUUACAAGUACCGGUGCAAUCAGUGCAGCCUAGCUUUCAAAACCCCAGAAAAGUUACAAAUGCAUUCUCAAUACCACGCUAUCAGAGCUGCAACAAUGUGCUGCCUCUGCCAACGCAGUUUUCGUACAAUGCAGGCCCUUCGGAAACACCUUGAGACAAGCCACCUGGAGCUAAGUGAGACCCAGAUACAGCAGCUUUAUGGUAGUUUAAUGAUGAAUGGUGAAUCUGUGGUCUCUAUAGACCAAGGUUUUGAAGAGGAGGGAUCACCAGAGGAAAAUGGGAUGAGAGAUGAUGAAGAAUGUGAUUUGGAGCAGAAACUAAGUCCUUCUGACAAUGAUUCAGGUUUGGAUAAAGACAGUGCUGAAUGUGACCUCAAACAGCCUGUUUUGCCUCUUAGAAAAGGCCCAAAUAUCACAAUGGAGAAAUUCUUGGAUCCAUCAAGGCCUUUCAAGUGUACUGUUUGCAAGGAGUCUUUCACCCAGAAGAAUAUUCUCUUGGUUCAUUAUAAUUCAGUGUCACACUUGCACAAACUUAAACGGUCACUGCAGGAAACACCAACCGGCUUACAAGAGCCCAUCAACAGUACAGACCACAAACCAUUCAAAUGCAGCAUUUGCAAUGUAGCAUAUAGCCAAAGUUCUACCUUAGAGAUUCAUAUGCGUUCAGUUCUGCACCAGACCAAAGCUCGUGCAUCCAAACUUGAUUCAUCAAACUCCAGCUCAGAAUCUACUCUCCCAGGCAAAGGAGUGUCCAGCACUCUUGCAGCUCUGAAACCCACAACUUCCAUGAACAACGCUGUCCUGAACCACCUACAAAACAUUGAGCACAGUAGCACAAACCCAGACACUAGCUAUCCUUCAUCAUCUGAAGUGAGGAAGAAGUUGGUUGACAUGAUUGAUUCAGCAACCAAACAACAACAGGUGUCAUUACAACAACAACCACUACAGCAACAACAGCAGUUAGUCCAGGCUCAAGCCCAUCUCCAGCAAGAGCUCCAGAAAAAAGCUGCUCUUCUUCAGUCCCACUUAUUCAAUCCUGCACUUCUACACCCCUUUUCUAUGGCAACAGAGGCUCUUCUUCCAAUGCAUCAGCAACAGCAAUUGCUUCUUCCUUUUCUCAUUCCAGGCGGAGAGUUCUGUAUAAAUCCAGAGUUGAACCUUAAAGGCUCUGGGCUAAACAUAAGCACAUCAAAGCCUACUGUAAAUGUUGAGACCACUGAGUCUUCCAAAAAGGAUGUCCGGACAUAUUUUCCUAAACAGAAACAAAAUGGAGACCAAACCCAUACUGAUAAUCAGACUCCCUAUAAGGACAUUGCAGAGAAUUGUGCCAUUAAUGAACAGAAUCUGACCAGUGAUCUACAGUGUGAGAAGGGCACAGAUGGCCAGAACAGUAAUGAAGAAUCCAAGGAGAGGGAUGAUCUGGUCACCAAUGAACAAAUAGAUUAUCCAAAAGCUCAAGAACAGGAAGACUUAAACAAAGAGGUGUCAGUCAGUAGAAAGAUUUUGGAUGCGUUUCUUCCACCCAGAAUAGCCCAUGAUGCACCCGGGAAUGCUUCAAAGGCUUUGCUUGAAAACAUUGGGUUUGAGUUAGUCAUGCAGUUCAAUGAAAAUAAGCAGCGAUAUCAGAAAACUUUUGCAGAGACAUUACCAAAUGUUCGGGAUGUGGCUGAAACCGAAGAGGGGGAUCAUUCUGAGGACAUGGAGAAGCUGGAGUGCGAGUCUUGCAGGAAGCUUUUUUCAAAUGCACUGAUACUAAAGAGCCAUAAAGAGCAGAUUCAUCAUUCCAUAUUCCCUAUCAAGUCAUUGGAGAAGUUUGCCAAAGACUACAGGGAACAAUACGACAAAAUAUUCCCCUUGAGAACUGUAACUCCUGAGGCUUCUCCUCCUGUCUUAUCCCCUUCUCCAUCACCACCUGCACCUCUUCCCCCUCCAGUGCAGCAGCCACAACAACAACAACCAGUGCAACCAAUUAUUCCUACUUCUACACUCAGUGUUACUCCUGCUACUGUCUCCAUUCCCCAAGUUAAAGCUCCAUUAACUCCAGUUCCCUUAUCGAUGGAACUGCCACUUUUCCCCUCACUCCUGAUGUCUCCCAUACCUUUUCAGGCUUUGAAUCCUCAGGCACCUGUCCAUCUUUCCCCAGUGGAGGCCGGUCUAACACCUGAUUUGACUCAACUCUAUCAACAGCAGUUAACUCCAGCCAUGUUACAGCAACAAAACAAAAGACCACGAACCAGAAUCACGGAUGACCAGCUGGGAAUCCUGCGGCAGUAUUUUGAUAUCAACAAUUCCCCGAAUGAGGACCAAAUCCAUGAGAUGGCCAACAAAUCUAGCUUGCCACAUAAGGUCAUAAAGCACUGGUUUCGGAACAAUCUAUUCAAAGAACGCCAGCGCAACAAGGAUUCUCCAUACAACUUCAGUAACCCUCCCAUCACAACACUGGAAGAUGUAAAGAUGGAUUCCAAACCACCCUCUCCUGAGCCACCAAGACAAGAGUUUUAUGGUGGGAAGAGAUCCUCAAGAACCAGGUUUACUGACUACCAGCUGAGAGUGCUCCAGGAUUUCUUUGAUGCCAAUGCAUACCCUAAAGAUGAUGAGUUUGAGCAACUCUCCAACCUCCUCAAUCUCUCCACCCGUGUGAUUGUAGUGUGGUUUCAAAAUGCCAGACAAAAAGCUCGGAAGACCUACGAGAACCAAGGAGAGGGAGGGAAGGAUGCUGAAUGCAGAGACCUAUCUAAUGACCACUACUCUCGUACUGCCAACAACAAUUUCCAGUGUAACAAAUGCAACUUGGUCUUUCAGCCCAUUUUUGAUCUCAUAAAUCAUCAGAAAAAGCAGUGUUACAAAGAUGAUGAUGAAAUGAUGCAUGACCUGAAUGAAACUGAAAUGGAUUCUAAGCCUGAGUGUCAUAGUCCAAUAUCUGGACCUUCAUGUUUUACGCAAGCACCCUCCUGCUCAAGUCCUUCUAGUUCAUCUGUGUCUAGCACACAUUUUAAAUCUGAUUCUGAGCAAUUACACACAAAAACUCUCACUGGAGAUCUUCAACAUACAAAUGAAUCAUCCUCUGACCAAAAACAGACUGUUAGUACCAACUCUGAGUUUGAAGAACUAGAAAACAUAAUGCAGCUGCCAAAGCCACUUUGUGAUGAGAACCAAAAUGCAAGCACAGAGAUUCCCUCUCACUCAACUCCUAAACAACAGCUUUCCUGCACAUCGCAAACAAGCCCAGCUCCAUCACAGAGUUCCCCAAAAUUUUUUAGUCCUUUAGAGAUUGCUUCAUCUGAGCAGCAGAAGCCAGCCCAGGAUAUGAGCCCUUUCCACUGUAUCCAGUGCAAAUUAAGCUUCCCUUCUUUUGAACAUUGGCAAGAGCACCAGCAAAUGCAUUUCCUUACUCAAAGCUUCUUCCACACACCCCAGUUCCUGGACCAUCCUGUAGACAUGCCUCUUAUGCUGUUUGACCCUUCUAAUCCCCUACUGGCAAGGCAUCUGCUCUCAGGAACAAUUUCCCAAAUAGCAGCGAAUCCACCCGCAGUGACCACCAUUCUUGAUUCAACCAUUAACUCUCUGAAAAGAAAACUUGAAGAGAAGGCAGGAUCUAGUUCUGUGGAAAAUGACUGGGAAAAUAAUGGGGAGGAACCCCAACGAGACAAACGAAUGAGGACCACCAUAACACCAGAGCAGCUUGAGGUAUUAUACCAGAAAUAUCUUCUAGACUCCAAUCCAACACGCAAGAUGCUUGACCAUAUCUCCAACGAGGUGGGUCUUAAGAAAAGAGUGGUUCAAGUCUGGUUCCAGAACACCCGAGCUCGUGAGAGGAAAGGUCAGUUUCGGGCAUUGGGUCCAACUCAAAUCCAUCGCCGUUGCCCAUUCUGUCGAGCUCUCUUUAAGGCACAGACUGCUCUUGCUGCUCACAUACGUUCACGUCACUGGCAUGAGGCUAGAAAUACAGGCUACAGUAUGGCAAUGUCUAGUAUGACUCAGGAUCAGGAGGGUUCUCAAAUCAAACCUGAUUCCUUUGAUUUUGACAAUUAUCAUCAGUUUUUUAACUUAACCGAUGAUCCAGAUUCUCCAGCAAGUGAAAGCAUGGAUCUGUCCUCACAUCAGCAGCGUCUGAGCCCAAAGACUAUGAAGGGAGAGUGUAUGGAUGAUUUCGAGAUGCCUUCCAUGUCAGUCUUCCAUCAGACUUUUGAACAGAGCAAACUGAAUAACUGUGAGUCUACCACAAAUAUGACCCAUGACCAUUCAACCGAUGAAGGAAAUGACUCGCUAGAGGGUAAACAUGGCAGUACUGACCACACAUCUCCCAGCACCGAAAAAGAGGCAUCUUCAGAAUGUGAUGAGAAGAUGUCUUCUGGAUUGGUUAGCCCAACAAUGAGCUUUAAUGCUAAAGAUUUUGAUAAUGAUUUAGUCUUGGAUUACAGUGAAAAUUCCAGCCUGGCUGAUCCAGCUUCACCAAGCCCUGGUAGCUCCAACAGCCAAGGCUUCGACAAUGACAGACACAGUCAUAAACGCUACCGCACUCAAAUGACCAACUUGCAAGUAAAAGUGCUCAAAGCCUGCUUUAGUGACUAUAAAACCCCAACAAUGCUUGAGUGUGAAGCCUUGGGCAAUGACAUUGGACUUGCCAAGAGGGUGGUUCAGGUGUGGUUUCAGAAUGCUCGCGCCAAGGAGAAAAAGGCCAAGCUUAGCCUUGCUAAGCAAUUUGGUACAGAGAGUACGUCUAUUGAUAGACCCAAGACAGAGUGUACUCUGUGCUCAGUCAAAUACUCUGGCUGCUUGUCUAUUCGUGACCACGUCUUCUCCCAGCAACAUCUCGCUAAAGUGAAGGAGGCCCUGGGUGGCCAGAUGGAGAGGGACAAGGAAUAUUUGGGCUCAGUAUCUGCUCGCCAACUGAUGGCUAAGCAAGAGGUGGAUCAUCUGAAGAAGACAAGUGAUGUUCUGGGGCUUAACCAAACUGCCCUACAGUAUUUGAACCAUUCCUCUAUGUACCCAAGUCUGCAGACAAACCCCUCUGCAAGCAUACCAGGUGUUAGCAACACAAUGACGGCAAGUUUUUCCUCCACGAAAACAGGUGCCAGUGACCCUCCUGCAAAGCCACCUGUGAUAUCCUCUUCUGCCAUAUCAGCUAUGGAUGACAAAGAUGCAGUUAGCACAAACAACUCUGUCUUGACCCCAAAGACCACACAACAACAACUUCAACUCCAGUUUCCAAAAGAAAAUGACACUGAGAGUAACAGGAUUCCCUUGAACAAACUUGACACUACUCCCUUGGGAAACUCUUCUUGUAACACUAAAGAGAAGCCAGACUCCUCCAGACCAGCAGUAUCUACUCCCAAUACUGGAAGAGAAUAUGCCAUAGAUCCAGCUCAACUACAAGCUCUUCAUGCAGCAAUGAAAACAGACCCAGCUGCUUUGCUACCUAACCACCUCCUGCCCUGUCUUAUGCCUGGCUUUCCUCCACUCUUUUCUCCCCAUAUCCCUAUGCCCGGUGGCCUACUGCAGCCCAUGUUUGGCAUGGAUGGCAUGUUCCCAUAUGGUCCAGUCUUGCCUCAGGCUCUAAUGGGACUCUCCCCGGGCUCCCUUCUCCAGCAAUAUCAACAAAAUCUUCAGGGAGCACUGAUGCAACAAAGACUGCAGCUGCAGCAAAAACAGCUAGUGCCGCUACCAGGAAAACCAAAACCAAGCCAAGACACAGUCCACACAAGAGGAUCUGUCUUGGAUUCAUCCAAACAUGACAAGAAGCAAGGGCCACCCAAUGGCACAGAUCCCCCCUCCAUGAACUCUAAGCAGCCAGAACUGGAUGAUAACAUUCUUCUAAGCCACGGUAUUGUCUCCAAAGCAGUGGAUAGCGGGAAAGGCAAGAAUGUUUGUGUUUAUGACUGCCUUGCCUGUGAGGUGUCUCUCACUGGGCAUGCAGAGCUCAUGAAGCACCUGGAGUACCCUCAGCAUAGACAAAGUGUGGUAGAGAGACUGAAUGCCAAAGAGCAUGCUUCUCCACUAUUACCUCACAUCAGUCCCUCAUCUACCUCUCAGCCAAACCCACCAGGUGAACAGAGUUCCUCUUCAGCUGUCCAGUCUCCUUCUGCAGCCUUUAUCCCUACACCAACAAAUUCCGACCAGAGCACAUCAGAUAGAUGAUGUCUCCAAAGCUCUUCCCUGACUUCAGCUUCACCUGAAGCUUCCCAAAGCUCACCGUCUUCACAUAAUUUUCUUUCACCUUCAAACGUUACCUCAAGCCUGAUAAGCCUUGCAAAGGCUUGUUAUGUAAAACCAACAGACUCUGCGGAUGGGUGUUGUGAGAGCAACUAGUUAGACGAGGGACAAGACCCAACAUAAUAUAUCGGAGCAAUUGUUUUUAUGGCUUGGCCAGUCUGAUAAGAAACUUCAUGAAAAAAAACAGGAGGAAAGUAUUUUAAACGUCUCCACUGUAGAUUAAACUUGGGGAAAGACAUGACCCAGAGCUAGUUUGACAGACUGUUUUAAAUGGACUGAAUCCUAUAGGAUCCAACUUGCAUUUCCAGUGCUUGUAACCAAAAACAAGUGUCAGUCGAAUGUUUUUUUCCAUUUAAAUAUGCUGGUUUUUAACUAAAACUUGAGUAUAUGUAAAACUGUGGGGGAUCUAAAGGGUGCACAGCUAAAGACUGUUGAUAAACCUAAGAUGGUUUCAUUAUGACCUAACUAACCAAAAGUCUGUUUUUAACAUAUGCAUUUUAACAGACACUCACAAAACACCCACACUAUUUUUUGCCCUGUCAAGUUUUAAGAAAUUAUAUUAUUGGCUUAAUGAAGUGAUGUAAUGUAUUUUGAUGUUGUCUUCUCUCAGGUCAACAGCUCUUGAUUUUGUUCUGUUACAAGACAUACCAAUAGAAAAUAUAUGAAGCCCAAAAGAAAUGCGUAAUUAAUUAAAAUGUCAAAUCUUGAUUUGCUUUCAAAGUCCUGAAAUUGCAAUUAAGCUUAUUGACAUUCUCUUUUUUUGUGGACACAUAGUUGUCCAGACACAAAGCAUAUUGCAGGCUGUUGUAAAUUGUGAAAAAGUAUGUUUUAGCUUUUUUGUUUCUUUUCUCGAAAAACGACAAAAAAACAUUCUGUGUUAAUGAUAGAUACAUGUAUGAACAUUUUGGUGUUGCGUAGAUUGUUGAAUUCAAAUGACUUAAUUGUAUGGUAGAUUUAAAACAAAUUACUUGUAUAUUUAACUUUUGUAAUGUCCCAGUCAAAGACACUUAAAGGCUGUUCAGCCAUGCUCAUGUUAAAACAUAGCAUUUACCUUUUAAUGCUGUUGAAAAUUGUCACUGUACAACCAACUUCCUCUCCUGCACUGAGCCAAGUUGAAAGACCCUAUCUGUGUAUGACUAAGACCGAUGCACAUGUAUGAGAUAUUUUCUAUUUUUGUUGUCUUUUAAACAGAACAUUUAAAUUGUGCACUUAAUUUUAUUUUCUUCUUUGCCUUCAAUAGUGUAUUUUCACUUGAUAGGCAGUAGUAUUUCAUUCUCCUUCACUACAUGGUAUAUUAUUUCUUAACAUUUCUGCACUUGCCAUGAAUAACAAUAAUAACAGUGACGAUAUUAUGAAACAAUAAUAACUUACAGUAUUGCUUUAAAAGAAAAUCCAAAGAUGAAGUAGUCUUACCAUUGGUGCAUACAAAGGAUGAAAAAAAACAAACAUUAUACUUGAGAACAUAUUGUGAAUUUUAAGGAAUGGAAAUCUUUUUAGAUGAUGGAGCCAGCUACGAGAAUACUGUUUUAGCUAACUUUGAACAUUUGUGACCUCAUAUAUAAAACAACCAGAGAACCAAAAAUAAAAACGAAACAGAAAGCUUACUCUGAAGAUAUGGGACAGCACUGUUGUGCAGCCAUUGUAGUUUGUAAUAUAUAGAGGUGGAGAUCACGCAGUGUGCUUCUCUGUGUCUGGCCUUUCUUUUUGUCUGGUUAUCUCUUUGGAUUUCUUUUCUUAUUGUUUGUUCUACUAAAUGUACUGGGUCUAAUUGUCGAGGAAAUAGAGUGUGCUGCUAAUGUAGAUUUGUACUAAGAUGCAUGCUUGAUUUUGCUGAAGCUUUAAUGAUGACCGUCAGUAGCCACAAAACCCCUGUCCCCAUUCCAAUGCAGCUCUGUCCACACAUGACUGCGAAGACUGUGACUCUCCAUGAACUACAUGGUGUUCUUCUCUUAGCCAUCCAAUGUCGAAAACCAAUGAUGUUAUAUUUAUACAAAGUUUGCAUUCCAAAUAUCACAUUGUCAUUUCAUUUGAUUGUUCUUUUUUGUUGUUGUUGUUGUUGUUGUUUUCUGCUUUUAAGGGGACUGUAAUGGAUGCUCUCACUUCAGAGUGUGGACCUUCUGUGAGAGACAGUUUACUCUGAGUGUUCCUGGAAAUGUUAUUACUGUAGCGAUCGCCAAAUAAUGUACAUGUUCAUGAUGCACUUGUGUUUAUUCAUGUGACUCACUGGGCUAAUGUCUCCUGUCCUCUUAUAAACAAGCAUUUAAAGUGAAUAAAAUCUGUUUCCUUUUAAAGAA